UUCUCUUCUCUCAAUCUCUCUCUUAUUCGCCCCCUUCCUCUGAAACACGAACAACCGAAAAACGAAAACAAAACUCCUCUUUCUCCCUCUCUCAAUCUGUUUUCUUUUCUGAAAAUCGAACUGAGGAAGAACCUAAAAGGAAUCGAUAUCAUAAUCCCUCUGCCUCUUCUUCUCUUCUAUCGCCGAACACAAGAAAUGGCUAGGACUGCCCCAGAUUGACCAAAAAAUGGCGAUCCAGAUAAGUUUUUGGCUUGCAUGUGGGUUUCCUUUUGGUUUCUGUCUAGUAAUGGUGUUCUGAUUCUUCUGGGUUUUGGCUUUGGAUGAAGGGAGAAGGAAAGGGCUCGCUGCCGGUGACUAGGUCGGGAGACAAACGACGGUUAGAAAAAGAGGCCAGAUCUGGAUCCAUUGCUGGCUUUAAAAAGAGAUGGAAGAAACAUGUAUUGAUUGUAAUUUUCAUGUAGUAAUUCUUAUUUGUAAUUUGUAUUCUGAUUGUAAUUGUAUAAUUUAUUGAUAAUUUAAAUAAAACUUUAAUCUUCUUCUG